AUGGCAGACACCAAGUUACCGUGGGCCUCAAAGCCGAUUGAGAUUCACUGUGACAUGGGGGAGGCGUUUGGCAACUGGACCAUGGGCGACGAUACGGCCAUCAUGCCGCACAUCAACUCCUGCUCCAUCGCUUGCGGCUUCCACGCCGGCGACCCAAUGGUCAUGUACAAUACUAUCCGCGCCGCCAAGACGCACGGCAUUCGCAUCGGCGCCCACCCCUCCUUUCCAGACCUGCAGGGCUUUGGCCGGCGCGAGAUGAAGAUGGACCCCAAGGAGUGCGAGAACAUGGUCAUUUACCAGAUUGGCGCCCUCAAGGCCUUUCUCGAUAUUGAAGGGAUUCCCCUCUCUCAUGUCAGUCCACACGGAGCCCUCUACGGUGUCAUGUGCAAAGACGAGGUCAUCUGCAAAGCCGUCUGUGCCGCCUCCAAACGCUUCACAUCCGCAGACGGCGUGCCCGUGCCCAUGAUCGGCGCCGCCGGCACCUUCAUGGAGACGACGUGCCGCGACAUGGGCAUCCCCUUUGUGCAGGAAAUCAUCGCCGACCUCGAGUACGACCAGGACGGCGCGUGCAUCAUCUCGCGAACCCACGACGCGCCCGACCUGCGCGCCCUGGCCCGCCGCGUCGAGCGCGUCCUGCGCAGCGGCAAGAUCCCGUGCCACGGCGCCGAGGACCGGCUGGUCGACCUCGGGCUCGGCUCCGCCCCGCUCAGCCUCUGCAUCCACAGCGAUACGCCCGGUGCCGCGCAGGUGGCGGAUGUGGUCCGCGGUGUGGUGAAGAAGUUUAACGAGGAGAGAGGGCUGCUAUGA